AUGUCGAUGCUAAGAAGACCCAAAUGGUUGGUAUGGCUGAUCUUUCUGUGGCCAAUAGUGUCAAUCGCGGCACAGCAAUCCGCCGGAAGACGAUAUGGAGCUUCCGGCGGAGCCCUUGUUCGGCGCCCUCUGACACGCCAGAUAGUGAUGCAGUGUGCUGCACCGUACUUUCCGAACGGAGAAGCCAAAAUCCGGAACCGUGGACGAAUGAUUCGGUUCGAUUGCACGAACGGUUUCAAGCUGGUCGGUAAUCGGUAUUCCAACUGCCAAAACGGACGAUGGGACACUUCGGUUCCGGUGUGUGUCAAAUCCGGAUGCGAGUCGCUGCCGAAGGUUGAAUCGGGCUACGUUCUGUACGAGUUGAAUAAAGCAUCCGCUUGGUUGUCGUGUUUCGAGGGCACGGAGUUGGCCGGUUCGAAGAAGACCUACUGCAACGGUACGCACUGGGACCGCCCGUUGGGUGUCUGCCGGCAGACGGGCCAGCUGACGCCAACGAUGUGUGAUUUCGAAACGGAAUCGCUCUGUGGCUGGACCAACGACGUCUUGCACGAUUUCGACUGGAAGCGCAGCGACGGAACGCUCAACCCGCGUGCUUUACGGACUGGCCCGAAGUACGAUCACACGACGAUGCAACCGAAAGCGGGCCACUUUAUCUUGGUCGACUCGUCGGAACAGUUUACCAACGAAAGUGCGCGCUUCGUGUCGCCACUGUUCGAACCAGAGUACGGAGCUGGGGCGUGCUUUCAGUUCUACUAUCACAUGUACGGUGAAACCGUCGGUUCGCUGCGGGUGUACGUUAAGCCGAUGAGCAGCGAUCUGUACGACCUGAAGCCCCUGUUCCUGCAGGAGGGCAACCAGAAGAACGUGUGGCACGAGGGGCACGUCGAUAUACCGCGGCAGGAAGAGCGGUUUCAGAUCAUCCUGGAAGCUUCGCUCGGAAACCGUUACAAGAGCGACAUUGCGAUCGACGAUGUGAGUUUGUUGCAGGGCGACAGUUGUCGGGUGGCAGUCGAAGACGGGCUAGAUCCCGAAGAACCGCCGACGGACAGUGAAAAGGUGCCGGUAAAAAUUGAAUCGUGUGAAAAUCGUUGUGGCAGCAAUAUGACGACGAUCCUGAACGCGAACGAUACAAUCGUGCAUUGCGAUUGCCACGAUGAGUGCGUGGCGAGUGACACAUGUUGUCCCGAUUACCGUGAACGGUGUGUGUUUGGGGUAGUGCCGAAUGUGACCAGCAUCAGUGUUUCGACAUCUACAACGGUCAGAAUUCCAGCGACAACUACAACGAUACGGAGCGCUACGAGUACGAUAGUUCCGCCAAUAACCAGUUCCACUACUCCCGUUCCGACGACGCCAUCGACGACGAGCACCACCGUAAAAGCUACCACACGACCCCUAAUUAUCGCAUCCGUAACAACCAUCCCGACGACGUCCACUACAGCCCAGAAGAAACCUGCAUUCGUUGGGCUGGUCAAUUAUAAACGAAUGCAUGCAGUGAAUGAAACCACAUGGUACGAAACGACUGUUAGACCGACAAACCCGAAACGAACAACUUCCACAUCAGUUCCUGAACCGAAUGAUGUUGUCGAGCUAGCCACCUCUGUGGAGUCGGUGAAAGUUCUACCGAUUGCCAUUCCAGCCUUCGCCACGGAAAGUAUUCCAUCUUCGAAAGGAGUGCCGAUGUAUUUCAUCUACGCCAUUCUGGCUACGCUGCUGUUCAUGGCUAUCCUAACAUUUACGGUGUACCAGCUCCGCCGGUCACGGUCCGGUGUGCUCGCCCGGUUGAAGGAGAAAUCGCAGAAGAAGUUUGUCGAAGACAUCCGCUUUCUGGCGGGCGAUGAGGAUCUGGACUUUAACAUUACCCUGGGAAACGAAGUGAUCGAGGACGAGGCAGCGGAAAGCCCCGACCGAAAACGUGGUAAGCAAAAGUCGGUGGAAACUUCCAAAGUGAUUCAACAAGAAACUGGCCGUACCCAACGGGAUGCCGACGACGCGUCCGAUGAGCACGAUUACGAAGAUCUUGAUUCAACGGACGACGAAAAUGGACCAGCGAACGGACCGGCGUGCAAACCGUCUACCAACAGUGGCAGUAGCAAGGCGAGCGGCAAGAAACCCUAUCAAAAAUAUGUUAAAACAUACGACGAGGAUAUGCAGGCGACCUUACUGUGAGCGAUAAGAGCGAUGGUGGCGGUCAGUGGCUGGGAGCGCCAGCGGACAUGGUACUUGCGUGGCGCGACGCAAUGGGACAUCCCGAUAAGACGAUGGUGGACCACAACAGGAAGUUUGAUGUGCAAAUGUGCGAGAUAAAAACACCCGGACUGAUCUUGAGCGAAGGGGUCGUAACGCAGUGCAGUUCAGCAGCGAUGAAUGCCGCAUCGUGCAUGAACUAAGGUUGUCGCUUUAUGGCAAUAAUUUCACUUAAACGAUGUCAGUUAAACCACACACGUACGUUGUAAUUUUACUUUAAGUGUAUACUGCAUUGAGAGAAUAA